UGCAUGGGAGCAGGGUCAGUUACAGCAGCCUUGAGGGUAACAUUUUAAUAUGUCUGAAAACACAGUCAAUUCUGUGUUUUUUGUCACAGGAACACUACCCCAGGGUGGAGGCCCAGCUGUGCCACCUCUGCUCCACAUCUGCCCCCCCACUGUGGCAGAAAUGUUUCCUGGGUCUCUCUUUAUGAGUGAGACAGACAGACAGACAAACAGAGAGAGGGAGAUCUUUACUGUCAGAGGAGGAAGACAACUCUGAGCUUCUAGAAAUAGCGGUUUAAAAAUAGCCUCAGGCUCCAGUUAUGACAAGGAGUGUCAGGGAGGCAUUUAAUGCAGCAUGAUCAGCUUAAAGGCUGACAGGCACACACCUACUGUGUCCACGUGAACUGACCAACACCUCGCCAGGAUCAACUCAGGGCAAUGCACUCCAGCUGUUAAUAUUAUAUCAUUCACAGUUUACUGAAGCAGAUAUUUUUUUGUAGAUGAAAUUGUGAAAUAAAAGCUGUGAACUUGGUCAUUAUUAUAACUUUGUGGAGUUUUAUUGUAGUUUGAGGUGGAGCUAUUCCUGCUUUUACUCAGUGUAUGACAUCAGCUAAUGGAUUGCCAAAAAUAAUCAUUUAAAUAAGGGUGAGUAGUGCUGUCAGUUUCUAAGCAACACACACACACACACACACACACACACACACACACACACACACACACACACACACACACACACACACACACACACGCACGCACGCACACACACACGCACGCACACACACUUCUGCGUCAUUUCCUACACAGAGAGCAUCCAAUUCAGCGCUGCUGACACUUGCGCACAGAGGAGGCUCCGUCUGACAGCGGACUGACUCCGGAGUUUGUUCUGUGGGCAGAACAAACACUGAGAAGGUCAGGUGUUACAUUUUCAUUGAUAACGAGGGAGAGAGAGCCAGAGAGAAAGAGAGAGAGAGAGAGAGAGAGAGAGAGAGAGAGAGAGAGAGCUGUCUAAGGAUUUCAUGUGUCGGGUUUCAGAAAAUCUGUGGAUCUCAGAGGCACGUCCGAGUGAAGGAAGCAGCAGCUUUAGAGUGGAAUUAAAACACAGUUUCACAGACAUGAUUUCAUUGUUUUUAGAGAAGGAGGAAUGCGAGCACCGAGUGAGGAGAUGAUGUGUUUGGGGCUGACACAUCCUCGCCGUUACGCGCGUAGAUCUCCGGUCACCUGUUGAAGCUGCCCGAUGCGCGCUGAGCUGCCUCACGCUCUGCUUUGAACGGGAGGAUCGACUCGAACAGCGCUUUAACAGAUGCUCGCUCCGUCCUCCGGGUCUGUCUGAGGCUCUGAGUCCCCGUUAUGUUGUAGGAUGAGCGCUGAUCUGGAGCGCGUUACGCUCAACACAUCGGUGACCUCGGCCGGCUCGGGCGGCCGUGCGCUCUCGGCGAACGUCCGGCGGCUCCACAACGCUCUGAACCUGCUGCUGAGCGACGUGGAGAGAGAGCAGUUCAUCCACUGCCUCAAUGUGUACCACGCCAAGCGCAACGUCUACGAUCUGGUCCAAACUCUCAAAGUGAUUCUGAACACGCCGGGUAAACGCCAGCUGCUGCCAAUGCUGCGCCUGGUCAUCCCGAGGUCCGACCAGCUUCUCUUCGACCAGUACACCUCGGAGGGACUCUACCUGAAGACGGACCUGAUCCCCAGCAACGGCAGCGCGGAGGGGUACGGGGACGAGGGCGACCCAACUCUGCAAGAAUAUGUCAGCUCUGUCCACGAGCAGCCGCUCAGCCCGGGCUGUCAGGACGGCUUCAGCGCCGGCGCGGAGCUGUCCGCCUCCAUGGCCCCGCAGUUCUUCGAGAGUCCUUUUGGAGAAUUGCGCCAGGUCACUCUCAUGCGCUCCAGGAGCCACGAGGGCCUGGGCUUCAGCAUCCGCGGGGGGUCUGAGCACGGCGUGGGGAUCUAUGUGUCCCUGGUGGAGCCCGGGUCGUCGGCCGAGAGAGAGGGGCUGAGGGUCGGGGACCAAAUAGUGACCGUGAACGACCUGCUGUUUGACAAUGUCACUCACAUAGACGCGGUGAAGGUGCUGAAGGGAUGCAAAAAGCUGGCCAUGUCUGUGUGUUCGAUGGGUCGGAUCCCCGGAGGCUACAUCACCAACCAUGUGUACAGCUGGGUGGACCCUCAGGGCCGCAGCGUCUCCCCCCCGCCCGACAACCAUGAAGCUAACCAGAUGCAGGGGCCUGGCAUGGAGGACAGGACGGUGAACCUGAAUAUGGACAAUGGUCGCUCUCUCGGCCUGAUGAUCCGGGGCGGUGCUGAGUAUGGACUGGGGAUCUACAUCACUGGAGUGGACCCUGGAUCUGCUGCAGACAUUGGAGCACUAAAGGUGGGCGAUCAGAUCCUGGAAGUGAACGGUCAGAGCUUCGUCACCAUCUCCCACGAUGAGGCGGUCCACAUCCUGAAGACAGGACGUAACCUGCUGAUGAAAGUGAGGGACGUGGGGCGUCUGCCGCACGCUCGCACAGUAGUUGAUGAGACAAAGUGGAUCUGCAGUCAGGUCAUAGCCGAGACCAACGCCACAGUCAACCAGGGCUCUGUCACCAACCCCAGUGUCAACGCUGGAGUCCAGACCAGCGUCAGUGCCUGCAGUUCAAGACCCUCGUCAGCCAGAGCUACACCUGUUUUAGGAAAGCCAGCUGGGUACAGAGGUGUGGGCCCCCCAGGCGCUCAGGUGUCCCUGGAGCAGCAGGCUUACAUGCUGCUGACAGAGCCUGAGAGGCAGACCAUGGUGUACUACCUGCAGGAGUACCAGGAGGGACACAUCGGAGUGGAGCCGCUGACCAUGGCUCUGUUUGAGCUCUUCAACACACACGCAAAGCUGUCCAUGUUGUCCGAGGUGAGGAGUAUGGUGGCCCCCCAGGAUCUGGAGCUGUACGACCGGCUGGUGCUGCACCGUGAGAGGGAGACUCACCAGGCCUGGCACGGAGGGAUCGGAGUCAUGCACCCGCAGGCUCACUGCACCCACACAGCCCCUGUGGCCCACGAUGCAGGACACACCGUCCCUGCUACGAAUGACGGCUCUGCUGGUGGCUGGACGGAGAAAGGCGAGGAGGAGAACAGUAAUGCCUUACAAAACAUUGUACUGGAUGACAGGCAGGCUUCAGGUGAGUCUCCUCCCCCCUUCAGAGCAGCCCCCCUCCAGGCUCAGAGCCGCCCAUCCAGGGAGAGGGAGCUUAGAGGGAAGCCUUCAGCCCGGCUGGUUCAGCCCGGAUCCAACCUGCUCUUCAGCGGCCCCACCCGGCUCCUCCAGGAGUGUCUCCACAAGUCGCUCAAAUCCCUCCCCAGCAUCAACCAGCCCUCCCCAGCCCCCGCCCACCACACCUGUGUCGGUGCCUGCCACCACACUUCUCUCCCCAAUCAUCUACACCACACCUGUCAGAGCUCCCUGCAGCUUUCCGACUCUGAACAACUCAACCACUCCCACUUCUCUCAUCACUUCCACCACCACGCUGCUCCCCUCAGCCGGCCCAGCUCAGGACACCACACCUGCCCGGGCUUCCUGCACCACCGGGACUCUGCUAAACCAGAGUUGUCCGUCAGGCUGGCCUCCAGAUCCAGCUCCUAUGAGAAGUCUGGAAUCUUAUCAAAGUCUGCGUCCUCUUCCAAAGCAGCGUCUCCCAUGGGGUCCCCUCAUCCGUCCCCCCGUCCCUCACCUUGUCCCUCCCCCUGCCCCUCCCUCAUCACAUCUGUUGCCCCACCCUGUAGUCCUGACCGGCCCUGCUCACCUGCUCUGACCCAGAAAAUCAUCAUAACGGACAUGAAUCGACUGUCUGCAGACUCCAGACCCCAGCAGAGAGGAGCCACUCUGUCCCAGCUGUCAGACAGCGGGCAGACUCUGAGUGAGGACAGCGGGGUGGAUAUAGCCGAGGCAGGGGGCCUCAGUAAGGAUGGCAGCCCCCGACCCAGCAAGAACCAGCAGGGCCACCAGGAGCAGCAAGGGGGGGCCCACGCACCCCCCGCAGGGGCCAACAGACAGCAGACUGCCUCGCCGAUCCCAGCGACCACGGCAACCCUGGUACGAGUGAUGAAGAACGCCAGCACGCUUGGCAUCGCUAUAGAGGGCGGAGCCAACACGCGUCAACCUCUUCCACGCAUCGUCACCAUUCAGAAAGGAGGCUCGGCUCACAACUGUGGCCAGAUGAAGGUGGGUCAAGUCAUCCUGGAGGUCAACGGCAUAUCCCUGAGAGGUCGAGAGCAUAAAGACGCCGCCCGGAUUAUCGCCGAGGCCUUCAAGACCAAAGAGAAGGACCACAUUGACUUCCUGGUGGUUGAGCCGGGACUCUAGUAGGAUGACUUUGCACUUUAUGCAGCUCAGUUUGAAAAGGACACUGUUCGACUGCUCUGAGGGAACUGUGUACCAACUCCACGUGAUGAUGUGUCAUAAUCAUGGCUCUCACUCUGAUUGCAGGCUAAGAAAUUAGUGGAAAAAGGACUUGAGUUUUUGCUGAUUGCACUCCAGAAAGAUUUGCACAAUUUGAACCUUGAAACAAAUGUUAUGUUGGUUAUUAUUAUUUGCCAUGAAGGUCAGACCUGGGACUAAUGUAACAUGCAUCUCUUUUGACUAAUCAGUAAAGCUCUUAGGAUUUCACACCCAGAAUAUUUUGCAUGUUUCACCAGGAGUAACGGUAGUCUGCUUUCCACACCAAAUAUUAUGAAAACAGCCACUGGCAUUGUAGUUUUUUUUAUUCACAAGAAAUUAUCUGAGGAGGCAGAGCUGCCCUUGAGGCAGACACAGACGGAUUUCCCACUCGCAAUAAACACUGUGCUUAACAGAGGCCAUGCAUGUGACGUCAUGAUGGGCAGAAUUGUCUGCGGUUACACCCACUGAGUGGCAGAAAGCACAUACUGAGAGGCAGCAUCAACAUUCAGCCUGAAUGUUGCACAAAAAACAAAAAAAACUUCUAAACUAUGAGAGAGGUUUUGCUUGUGUACUUCCCCGGCUCUGCAGGUGUAUUUCAGUCUGGACAUCUGAUUUCUGGCCUCAUGAUAACAUCCACAGACCUCUGCGUCCUUGGGGAGCUCCAUCGAGUUCUACUAGCGAAUAUUUGUCUGUUUUAAUCUGUUUUUGUUGUUCCCCCUUCUGAAGGCAGCUAUGUUGCAGGAUGUUUAGUCCGACCGAGGGGUUGUGUCCCGGUGGAAAAGUGACGUCAGCGCAUCCCAUCUAUAAACUUUUUCUAACAUAAACUUAGCAUUUGCAACCUCUCAUCUACAUAUGGUCACUUCUGGCCAGAAAAAAAUAUGAUGACAGUCUAGAGGUAAAACUGAAGAGUUACAUCAUGACACCUGAGUGACAUAAUAAUUCACAGAGGACCUAAGACAAACAUAUUUUGAAAAAAGCAAAGUCAUAGUGAAGAACCCUGAUUUGUGUUGAUGCAUCAUAUCGCGUCCAAACGAAUGACCAAGUGUCCCGUUAUUCUGCCUUAAAAGAUUAUUUAUAAAGACAAUCUGGAGAAUUGAAGUCUUUGACUUAACAAAUACAAUCGUGUCAUCAAUCACUAAUUGAUAUAAAGGUAUCAAUCAUUUAAUCCCAGAGAGAUUGAUCUAUAUAUAACAGCUCCUUCAUUUUAACCAAAGGAUGCUUUAUUUUCAGAGCAUAUAUGUUUAAUUCAUCGCAGUCAUUUUCUAUAUGUGCAUUUUACAACGUCUCUUCAGUAUUUAAAGAGGAUUGCCACAUGUAACAAAACACUAUACCACAUUAACAGUAUGAUAGUUUGUAUAUAUUGUAGAAUACUGAUAGACCCGACAUGAAAUGAUUCUCUAUAACUUUUUUAUAAUAUCAAAUACUUUACAGUAGAGGAAUAUUUAAUAUUUUCAGAAUAUUAUACGACACAUCACUCAUAUUUUAUCUUCCCAAUAACUUUAAGUGCAGCAUGUGCGCAGCUCUACACAUCACUGAAGCUCUCUUAUGAGUUAUAGCACCAUGUCCUGCAUGGUCUGGGACUCAGUGAUGGAUCAGAGAGCCGCUAAUGCACUGCACACAAACAGUCAGCAGACUGGAUUUUGCUGUUAUACUUACUGAGGUGUUCACAAACUGUGAGAGGCAGAAGUAGAAAGUCAGGAGGUUAUUCAGGUUUGUAUAAAAAAGGAAAGCCAUAAUUAUUACCGACUCAGACCAAGAAAACUGUCUGAACACCUGUGGUUAAGGAUCCUACAGGUCCUGAGUGUUUAUGAGGUUCAUAUAUCUAAAACUAAUACAGCACUCUUUAUUAUAACAGGCCUGCAGAAAACACACCCACAUUUAGUGUCUGUUUUGUUUCUGUCAAACCUCCCUCAAAUUAAAUGUUCAGUGCAUCAUACCAACAUAUAAAAAAAAAGGUAUAACGGCCAGUUCUCCAUUCCAAGUUGUCAAAAUUGGUGUGACGCUUUAUGAAUCCCUCCAGCAUUGUUUCUGCACGCUGUCCUCCAGCUUAUUGUUUUUAUUCAAUGUUAAAGUCAGUUGACAUAGAAUAAACGGCGUGAAUGUCUUGAUAUGUCUGACACGGACAAAAGGUUUAACAAACAAUCAGGGUUGACUUCUUUUCAGAAAUGUUUUUUUGAAGCUAACGUUGGUUUUGGGCGCUUGUUGUUUUUAGCAGUUAGUUCACAUGAACCAUGUGCAGAGGUUAGAGUCCAUCGAGUGAGCAGCCCAGGUUUAACUGCAACCCUCGGCUUCUUUUCUGCAUGUUAUUCCACUCUCUCUCUCUUUCUUCGAUUCCCUAAUCUACCUGCUGUCCUGUCUAAAUAAAGGCAAAAGCGACACCAGAAAUACAUUUCUACAAUGAAAAAGUUACAGUACCGUUUACAACUAUAUGUAAGUUAUGUUUAUAUAAUACACAAGUUAUUUUUUAAACUCAUAACUUCCAUCCCAUCCUUCCAUUAUCUAUACCGCUUUACUGUUCGGGGUCGCAGGGGGGCUUGAGCUGUUCCCAGCUGUCAUUGGGCGAGAGGCGGGGUCAGUGGUGUAGUGCAGGAUAUACGCGGGUAUAAGGAGUAUGCCCACUCAUUUUUCAGUCUUUAUAGGGUAUACCCACUUCUAAAUCCCCUCUGAUUCACACCAAUGAUUGAUUAACAAUAUCCGUGGUAUGCUGCAAUUUUUUUCCUAGGAUGGUGAAGGGAUGACUUUCCCUACUCUGUCUCUAAUUGGCUCAUACGUACUAACUAAAUAUUCAAAACAGA